CCAACAUUUGCCUUUCAGCCGCUGAAACGCUAGACUUCUCUGCACUGAGUUUCCUGACUGGAGCUGGACACAUUAUUCAUCAGCUGAGUGAACAACAUCCUUAGACCCUUGACUGGAGUGAGGACAAACUUGCCAGUGCUAUGGGUACAGGAAGUUCAAUGCCUCCAGGGCACCGUCAGUGCACCAUUGAGAUCACAAAUAAAAGCUCUCACUACACCCUCCGUGAUGUCAGUGUUUACAUCUUCAGUGGGUUCUGUGCCUCACCUUUGCCACUUCAGAUUGAGCCAUCUUCAUCUGGGAAGGCUCUGUUCUCCAAGACUGGCGGCACUGCUUGUGGAGCUGUUGGUGCCUUCACAUAUGAUCUCUGCAACAAAUCUACAGGACAGACUGCUGGAAGUAUGGCUGUCAUGUUCUCUGUGCCCUUUGAUUACAACCUAUACUCCAACUUGUACGCAGUGGGAGUCUUUGAUGAGAGCAAAGCGUGUAAUCAGGAUCUUUAUUACCAGUUGUACUACACCAAAGACGACAUGUUAACCAGACAGCCAGCAGGCAACAAAAUUCAUCACAAGAGUGGUCCAGUUGCCAUCAUAGCAUCGAUGGCGAACUCCUGGCAACCUAUCCUGACCUUAGAAGUGAGAGACAACUGAAGUAAGAGAACUGACGGGUGAUAACAUGUAGCUACUCCUGCAGUCUCCCAACUGCACAAUUUGUGCAUUUCCAAUAAAUACUCCUCUAAAACUUUUUCAACAUGCCGAUGACUAGUAGAAUAUUCGAGCUAAAUAAUCUUUGGAUCUUUUUCAGUACAUUUUGAAGUA